AUGAGACCGGAUGAACAUAAGAAAAAACAGCGCGCACAAUACAAGAAAAAACACGGAAUUUCCGAAAAGAAGACAACCUCUAAAGAAAAGAAGGAAACUAAUGAAGGAAAAGAAUCUACAGAAUCGCAAGGAAACGUCGAUCUAGCGGAAACUGACGGGAGGAAGUUCUCAAGGAGAAAUAUCUCAAGCAACUGGGAUAGGUAUGGAGACCUUGAGCAAGAUACAGGAGAAGAUGAAGAUGACAAUGAAAACAUUUUAAGAAGAGGAGAGGACUUUAGUGUUCUUCUUCAAAGAUCAGCUGAUCCUGCUUCACAGUUUCGGUUUCAGUCAGAAAAAGAUUGGGAUCAAGAAACUGAUGGUGAGCCAACACAGGCUACUUCAGCACUUGAGAUAGACUUUGGAGCCCUGGCAAGUUCUUUGAACUGUGUUCCUUUACACAAGCGUCUUGACAUUUCACAAGAUGAAAUACAUCCAGAUAUCAUUGAAGUGUUCAAACUAAAAGCACAAGCAUGCUCUAAAGAUCAGUGCACUUCACCGUCAAGCAAAGAUGAUGCAAUGACCAAGUGUCUAACCUCAUCUGCCAGAAAUUUACAUGAAAACCCUUCUCAAUAUGCAGAAUUACAAGCAUUGCCUACUAAGAAAAAAACUGUAAAGGAUUUACCAAAAAGACCUUUUCAACAGACUGAUGGUGAAUCUGGUAAAUUUUCAACUGGUUCAUUGAAUGGCUACAGUGAGGGUUCACUCCUUUCAAAGCAUUCUGGAUUCACAAGUGAGCCUGGUAGCCUUAAAAACACCAAAAAAUUACAGAGUUCUUUGAAAGAUGUGUUAAAAACUGUUAACACUGCAGAUAGUCCACAGACUGGUAGAACUGAACAAGUGAUUAAAUCAAGCAACGAUGAAGAAGAUGAUGACCUUGAUUUCCUUCUUUCACUCGACACUCCUGGAGGAAAUAGUUGUAAUGAAAGAAUGUCAUUCACUGUAGGGGAAACAAAAAAGCUGGAUACAUCUGACAAAGGUUCAUUGCCAACAACAAACUCAUCUGCUGACCAGUUUACAAAGGAAAGGGAAGAUGAUCUUGAAGACUGGUUGGAUAGUGUUCUGAAGUGACUCUCAAGUUAUGUGUAUUUAGACCAUCUUAUAAAAAGUUUGCAUUGAAUACAUCUGAAUUUCUCUUUCUUUCAAAAACCAGAAACCAAAUACUAUAAAAAUGAGAUGAUACUGUGGUAUAAUAAAUCCCUUAUUUGAUAGUUUCAUGUAAUUGUAAUAUGAGCAGAUAUUAAGCUCAUUGCUCCUUUGCCUCUUCCAUACGGGACGCCAGAAAAUACUGUGCAACUCACAAAGUAUCUAUGCUUUCAAUCCUACCAAUAUUUUUGCUUGCGUGCAAUCAAACAACUGAAUUUCCCCCAACUAAAACUGGGGGAUAUCCAAGGAUAAACCCAGGUGAUAUUCCCCAAUUUUCAAACCCUCCAAUACAGACAACCUACUUUUAAAAUUUACUUCAAGAUGAGAAAGUGAAUGUGGUUGUUACAGAAGAAGGAACAUGUUUUUAUUUUUCAUGAAAUCAUAUCAGAGAACACUGAAUAGUAAACAUACCAUUCUGUAAACAGUAAGUUGUUCAUAACAUUUUUCCCGCUUGUCAAAUGCAAUAUCCUCCACUUGGCAUGAAAAUAUGCUCUUAUUUGUCCUUGGACAUUAUCUGUUCCUCAAAGUUCACACCUUUCUUGGAGCUUUGCUCUCUGAACAGAUGAUGUCCAUGGAGAAAUAUGUGAGCAUAUUUUUGCACCAAAUGGAGAAUUGUUUAUGUAAUUUAUAUGUAAAAUCAUGGAAUUAUGUAAGGUGUAUUUAUUCCAUAAUAGCUCAUAGUGAGCAGAUCAUAAAUAAAUAUGUAGGGCCUACUGAACAUA